UCAUAAUUGUUAAAAAAAUGGAAUGGACGGCUGCGAUUGUCCCCAAAUGAGAAACCUUUUAAUAAUUUAAAAUAAAUAAAAUUUUAGUAAAAAUAAAAAAUAAUAUAGUUACAACUUAAAAAAUAAUAAUAACUUAUAAUUAGAUUUGACGUGGAACACAUGGAAUAAUAUUUUGUUGCUUCUAAAUACAGUGUAUGAGUGUCCCGAUGUACGAACAGUAGUGUACGAGUGUUUCUUUGUUAGGUAAUUAAGCUUAAACUCCGAGAUCCUGCCACAUCUCUCUGCCUUUCUCUCUCUCUAUCUACUGUCUCUUAGUUUCUCUCCUUUACUUAAAUCCAAUCCUUCUCUAGCUACCUCGCUCGCUCAAAGCUGUCCAUGGCGGAGGGCUUAGAACUUUUCCAUGUCCCCCAAAAAGUCAAAACAGAAAAUAAACUCCAAUCUGCAGCACUACUCUUCCAAACACGUAGUACUACUACUCCAUCUCCUCUCACACAACGACCCUCACCCCUAUCCAUUGGCCCAAACGAUGCCGCUUUAAAUUUUCACCAUGACCAAAUGUUAUCACCAUCUUCUCGCCAUGCAGCCAUCAACUCAUCAUCACACCCACCAGGACCCCUCUAUCGACUUUUCUCUGACGACAUGCGAAACGGUGUCGUUUCGUUACGGCCAGUGGAUCAUUUAUCGUUGCCGGACCCUAGUUUAAGAAGCUCUGUUCCGUUGGGUCCCUUCACUGGUUACGCUUCUAUUCUGAGGCGUUCGAGUUUUCUGAAGCCUGCGCAGCAGCUCCUGGAGGAGUUUUGUGGGUUGGAUCGUCGGGUUUGGGGUAUUCCAACGGUCGAUGAGGUGGGUUGCAAAGAUCGGUCUGCGUAUCAGUUUAAGAAUUCGAGCCUGAUUUUCAUGCUGGAGGAGAUUUACAAGAGAUGUAAGCUAUACUGCCAACAGAUACAAUCAGUGGUUACAUCAUUUGAAACGGUGGCUGGCCUUGGAAACGCAGCACUGUUCGUCUCUUCUGCUAUCAGAGCCAUUUUAAACCACUUUGGUUCUUUAAAAAUCGCCAUUUUGGACCAACUUAACUUCUCUGCCAAGAACAACAGUUGUAGAACUAAUAGUAAUUCUGCUACUACUGGUUUUGAUUAUUCCAAUACUGCUGUUAAAGACGAUCAUAUUUUGAAAUUAGUUUGGGCAUCUAAAACAGGCCUGGGUCAUAACCCAAUUCACAACUUGACCAAUUUUCCCCGUUCUGCUUGGCGAUCCCAAAGAGGACUCCCUGAACACGCAGUGGCCGUACUCAGAAAAUGGCUCUUUGAGCACUUCCUUCAUCCGUAUCCUACUGAUUCGGAAAAGCAAAUGCUGACUCAACAAACAGGGCUAUCAAGAACUCAAGUUUCAAAUUGGUUUAUAAACUCAAGGGUAAGGCUAUGGAAGCCAAUGGUGGAAGAAAUACAGGGUCUUCAAACACAACAAAAUCAAUCUCAUUCAGAUACGACCAUGAAUCACCAUGCUAACGGCUCUACUCCAUCUCUUAAAUCGUAUCUUGAUAACCCAAUUUCAAUGGAGAAUCUUCGUCCAGGAGAAAAAGGUCGAGAGAUUUUAUGCAAACGAUCAACAAAUGAUCGCCAUCAUCAUGAGAUGAUGAUCAGUAGUUCCCACAAUGCUCAGCAGAGUGAAGAAAAGGACUAAUGAUAUUGUGCCUUGUGUUAACGUUGGUCACUAAUCUAGCAAUAUUGACUGCUUUGAAUGUGAACCUGCUUAAAUAGUAAUGAGGUUGAUUCGUCAUCACCAUCACAAUCUUUCAACAGAUGGGAUGUUUGUUAGAAGUAGCUGUGUAAUUAGUUUUGAGUUAGUUUUGGUUGUUAGUACAGCUGAGAAGUUGUUAGCUGAUUAAUAGCUAAUUCUUUCAUUUCAGUAGCUGAUUAGUACACUUGUUCUGUAACGUUUUUGCGUUCAAUUAGAGAAUUCUUCAUUUCCUUUUC